AUGUAUUUGGAGAACAAAAGCAACCUGGAGAUUGAGAUGUCUCAGACGUCAGCCCAAGGCCAUCAGGGCAGGAGCAGCCUGAGGUCACCAGAGGCUGUUGCAGGGAACUUUGGAGAGCUGCGUCUGCUGCAGGGAAUCUCAGAGAGGAGAGAGACCCAGAAGCUGCAGCAGUCUGCAGUUCUGCCCUCGGGACAGUGCGCCAUCCAUGCUGAGGGCUUUGUUCCUGUUCGACAAGAGGACGGGCACAAUUUUAGCGUGGUUAAUUUUCUCAGAGGAAAAACAAAUUCAGCCAACCUUACAGAGAGGUCGCCUCUGCUGAGAUUCUCUCAAGAUGACAGCAUAACCUACAUGACCCUACAUGACCCCAGCUUCGUUGGAGAGGAAGAGCACUGGGACAACGGCUCACUGGACCUGGAGAAGAGAUAUCGGCUGGGCAGUGAGGUCACCAGCCUGUCUCUGUCCCGCUCCAGCUCCUCCGAGAAGAACGACCCUCUGGACAACCUCAACCUCAACUUCAGACUCACCAGCAGUAUGAGAUGCUGCUUCAAAGUCUCCAAAAUUGCCACAAUCUUUACUAUUGUUGUUCUCUGCAGUCUGUUCUUUAGCAUGUAUCCAGAUCGAGACAACCCUUGGAGGAUGUUGGCAGUCUCUUCAACAGACAGUUUCUCAAUGAACCUGACAGAUUUUCGAGACAACGCUUUGCUGAAGCUCCAGGUGGGUGGGCCUUUCACAGGAGGGAUGAUUGACCUCACCAACCAGGAGUAUGUCCUGAUCCAGGUGGAGCAGAUCGAGCAGGCUGGACAACGGAGGAGGAGGACUCAGCAGGUGAUCCACAAUUGGACCAUUCCUCUACACAGUGAACGAAGUGACCAGAUACUGGUGACAAAAACAUUUGAGAUGCUCAGCAGUGACCCCAUCGUCAUCACGGUCCAGGCCUUCCUGCAGAAUAAUGAAGUGGUGCCGUUAUCCAUGACCCACCAGUCGCUCUACGUCAAUGUGGAGACACAGGUGGCCAUCGCUGGAAUCAUCCUUGCUGGGGUCUAUGUUCUUAUCAUCUUUGAGAUUGUGCACCGGACGCUGGCGGCCAUGCUGGGAUCUUUGGCAGCCUUAGCUGCUCUGGCUGUCAUUGGUGAUCGGCCCAGUCUGGUUACUGUGGUGGAGUGGAUCGAUUAUGAGACGCUGGCUCUUCUGUUUGGCAUGAUGGUUCUGGUGGCUAUUUUUUCAGACACUGGCUUCUUUGAUUAUUGUGCUGUGAAGGCUUACCAAUUAUCCAGAGGAAGAGUGUGGCCAAUGAUCAUCAUCCUCUGUCUCAUCGCUGCCAUUCUCUCUGCUUUUCUGGACAAUGUGACCACUAUGAUGCUCUUCACCCCUGUCACCAUAAGGUUGUGUGAGGUGCUUAAUCUAGACCCCAGACAUGUCCUGAUUGCAGAAGUAAUCUUCACCAACAUUGGAGGGGCUGCCACAGCUGUCGGAGAUCCACCCAAUGUGAUUAUAGUAUCAAAUCAGGACCUGCGCAAAGAAGGGAUUGAUUUUGCCAGUUUCACAGGCUACAUGUUCCUUGGAAUAUGCCUUGUCCUUUUCACCUCAUUCCCUUUCCUGCGGAUGCUCUACUGGAACAAAAAACUCUACAACAAAGAGUCCAUUGAAAUAGUUGAACUCAAGCAUGAGAUCCUGGUUUGGAGGCAGACGGCUCAGCGCAUUAACCCUGCCAGCCGAGAGGAGACAGCUGUGAAAUGCCUCCUGAUGCAAAAAGUCCUCAACCUGGAAAGUCUGCUCCGCAAGAUGAUGAAAACCUUCCAAAGACAAAUUUCUCAAGAGGAUAAGAACUGGGAGCAAAAUAUUCAAGAAUUGCAGAAGAAGCACAGAAUCACUGACAAGGUUCUCUUGGUUAAGUGUGUGUCCGUCCUUGGUGUGGUGAUCUUCAUGUUCUUUGUCAACUCCUUCGUUCCCAGCAUUCAUCUUGAUCUCGGUUGGAUCGCUAUUCUGGGUGCGCUGUGGCUUUUGGUUCUGGCUGACAUCCAGGAUUUCGAGAUCAUCUUGCACCGGGUGGAGUGGGCCACACUACUGUUCUUUGCUGGCCUCUUCGUUUUGAUGGAGGCUUUAGCCCAGCUGCAGCUUAUCGACUAUAUUGGAGAACAGACAGCACUGCUUAUAAAAGCGGUGCCAGAGGACCAGCGCUUGGCUAUAGCCAUUAUUCUGGUGAUGUGGGUCUCGGCCCUCGCAUCUUCUCUCAUUGACAACAUUCCCUUCACUGCCACCAUGAUUCCAGUUCUCAUUAAUUUAAGUCAAGAUGCAGAUGUGAACCUGCCAAUAAAACCUCUCAUCUUUGCUUUGGCCAUGGGAGCAUGCCUUGGGGGAAAUGGAACAUUGAUAGGAGCAUCAGCCAACGUUGUAUGUGCAGGCAUUGCUGAACAACACGGUUAUGGCUUUUCCUUCAUGGAGUUCUUCAGGUUAGGAUUCCCCAUGAUGAUAAUGACGUGUAUGAUCGGCAUGUGCUACCUGCUGGCCACCCACAUUGGACUGGGAUGGAACAUGUAAUCCACAACAGCUGUACAGAGCCAAAGAGACUGCGUUCAGCUCACUGUAAUGUGAUACGUAACCUGAUCGACUGGUCAGAUCACAGACACUAUAUGAAGCACAGCAGCCAUAUUUUGGAAAUUGUUGAUUAAAGUGCAGACAAGCAGGGAGCUUUGACCAAAUGUUGAAUCUAACAUCCAACAACAUGGUGCAGUAGUUCUUGGUGACUGGUCCACUGUCACCCUGUUGACUUUUACCAACUUUGUCAAAAACUUUUUUUGUCCUCAGCAAAGAGUCAAUCCAAGGGAAGGAACUGUGUCUUUACCUAUGAAGAACAAUUAAAUGGUCCCUCUCCAUAAUGCUGUACAUGGUGCUACUGCCCUGAAUGGGUGUAACUGGUGUAUGUGAUUGCAGCUAUGGCCUCUGAUGUCAGACUGUUUGUUCUUUUAGAAAUCUAUGUGGUCUGUUUACAAAAAGACUUCUCUAGACAUGUAUCACACUGAUUUGCUUUUAGAGACAUUUAGGACACUGAUCAAUUUGUUUUAGGCACACAUUUCACCCAUGGUUUACCAAACUUAUGUUGAUAUUUUAAAGGAACCACAAUACCCAGUGAAAGGGAUUUUAUAACGGUUAAUGUCUAAUAUUUUUGUCAGCUGCCCAAAUCUCAACGGCUCGUGAAUGAAUCUGAAAAACAAACACAGCAUCAGUUAAAUGGGAGAAUAGCAGAAUGAUUAAAUAAAACAGAUGUAGGCUGUUAUCUAAACUUUGUAUAGUAUAUAUUGUACUGUGUACACAAUGAUCUCAUGUAAACUCAAUGAUUUAGUUCAGUUAACCAUAUUUAAUGUAGAAAAUGUUUAAUCAUGUAAAUGCUCUUUCACCUUCUUACCUUGUCCAGUUGACACGAUCAUCUGUAUUUAUUAUUCAGCCUGACAACUUCAUUAUCUUUAAUUGUUUAGA